AUGGUGGAGCGACUCAGUGACCCCGAGCCCGGAGUGCAGAAACUAGCGCUCGAGAGCAUGCGCAAGGAGAUCCGCACGGCCACCAGCUCCAUGACGUCUGUGCCCAAGCCGCUCAAGUUCCUGCGCCCGCACUACGCGCUGCUCAAGAGCUCCUACGACACUGUUCACCCCGACAACAAGAGCCUUAUUGCAGACGUCAUCUCAGUGCUGGCUAUGACUAUGUCCGAGGACGGCGCCCGGGAGAGUCUCAAGUACCGGCUGUUGGGAUCCACAGAGGACCUUGGCUCGUGGGGCCAUGAAUACGUCAGGAACCUGGCGGGGGAGAUAGGAGUGGAGUACCAGCUACGGCAGGCGGACGACAAGCCAGUGGACGACCUCAUGGGCCUCGUGCAGCAGAUCGUGCCCUUCCAUGUCGAGCACAACGCUGAGCCCGAGGCUGUCGACCUCUUGAUGGAGGUGGAGCAUUUGGAUAUGUUGGUUGACCACAUUGGUCCACAGAACUACUCCCGCACCUGUCUCUACCUCACUGCCUGCGCUAGCUACGUGCCAGAGCCAGAGGACAUGGUGGUAUUGGAGGUGGCAUACCGCAUCUAUCGCAAGGUCAACAAGUACCUGGACGCACUCAGGGUCGCUCUGCGCAUGAACCGCCCACAGUUUGUGCGGGAGACGUUCACAGCAGCGGAGGGCCUGGAGAAGAAGCAGCUCGCGUACCUCCUCUCUCGCCAGGGCUUUGUGUUGAAUCUGGAGGAGGAGCCAGAGCUAGCGAGCGACGAGGAGCGCGAGGCGCUGCAGGAGAUCAUGUGCAACACACGGCUGUGCGAGGGCUACCUCACUCUCGCCCGCGACCUGGACGUCAUGGAACCCAAGCUGCCUGAAGACAUCUACAAGGCCCAUCUGAUCGACGGCCGGGCAUCCCAGGCAUCGACUCUUGACUCCGCCAGGCAGAACCUGGCAGCGACGUUUGUGAACGCGUUCGUGAAUGCUGGGUUCGGGCAGGACAAGCUGCUCACGGCAGCAGGGGGCGAGGGCAGCAGCGCAGCCGCAGGCAGCUGGCUGUUCAAGAACAAGGAGCAUGGGAAAGUCAGCGCCACUGCUAGCCUGGGCAUGAUAGUGCAGUGGGACGUGGACGGGGGUCUGCCGCAGAUAGACAAGUACCUGUACACCAACGACAACAACAUCAUCGCAGGCGCGCUGCUGGCCGUGGGCAUUGUCAACUGCGGCGUGCGCAACGAGUGUGACCCGGCGUACGCGUUGCUGUGUGACAGUGUGGAGAAGGACGAUCCCACCAUCCGCAUCGGAGCCAUCAUGGGCCUUGGCCUCGCAUACGCCGGCACAUGCAAGGAGGAGGUGCUCGCGCUGCUCGCUCCAGUGGUCACGGACACCAAAACCCCCAUCGACGUCGCCGGAAACGCAGCCCUAGCCCUCGGCCUAGUCUUCGUCUCCUCGUGCAACGAGGACGCGGCACAGGCCAUCAUCCUCGCCCUCAUGGAGCGCGACACAGAGCUCUCAGAGCCGCUCGCGCGCUACCUGUGCCUCGGGCUGGGGCUGCUGUUCCUGGGGCAGCAGGAGGCGGUGGAUGCGACGGUUGAGGUGGCGAAAACGCUGAAUGAGGCUGUGUCGGGGUACUGCCAGGUUACGCUGGAGGCGUGCGCGUAUGCCGGCACGGGGAAUGUGCUCAAGGUGCAACAAAUGCUCGCCCUCUGCAGUGCGUCCUCAGAGACGCCAGCAGCAGGCACCGGCACCGCAGCAGCAGGGGCAGCAGCACCAGCAGGGACAGCAGCAGCAGGCACCACAGCAGCAGCAGGAUCCACCGCAGCAGCGGGCAGUUCAGGUGCGGCAGGAGCAGCAGCAGGCAGCAGCGGCGGCAGCAGUGCAGCAGCAGGGAAGGCAGGGUUCGGGCAGGGGGCAGCGGUGUUGGGGAUAGCGAUGGUGGCGAUAGCAGAGGAGCUGGGAUCGGACAUGGCCAUUCGCAGCCUGGAGCAUCUGCUGCAGUAUGGCGAUGCUAGUGUGCGACGCGCUGUUCCGCUUGCCCUCGGCCUGCUCUCCAUCUCCAAUCCACGGAUGGGUGUGAUGGACACACUGGGUCGGCUAACACACGACAGUGAUGCAGAAGUCGCUAUGGGAGCGACCUUGUCGCUGGGUCUCAUAGGUGCGGGCACCAACAAUGCGCGCAUCGCAGGCAUGCUGCGCAACCUCUCUUCCUACUACUACAAGGACCCCACCGUGCUCUUCUGUGUGCGCAUUGCCCAAGGUCUCGUGCAUCUGGGCAAGGGUCUGCUCACACUCAACCCCUACCACUCCGAUCGUUUCCUCUGCUCCAAUGUGGCACUGGCAGGGCUGGCAGCGCUGCUGCACAGCUGUCUGGACAUCAAGGGCAUCAUCCUGCACCGCUACCACUACGCACUCUACUACAUUGUUCCCGCCAUGCAGCCGCGCAUGCUGCUGACAGUGGAUGAGGACCUGAAGCCGCUGUCAGUGCCAGUGCGAGUGGGGCAGGCGGUGGACGUGGUGGGGCAGGCAGGGCGCCCCAAGACCAUCACGGGCUUCCAAACGCACACCACACCCGUGCUGCUCGCCACGGGCGACAGAGCAGAGCUCGCUACAGACAAGUACAUUCCACUCUCCUCUGUGCUAGAGGGAUAUCCCGAAACCGCUCUUCCAGGUCAUGACUGGCGUCGGCGUGCUGAGCUACGCCGUCGGAUGGCCGGCGGAGAUCCGUCAUAUGAAGCACGCGGCAGCUGCGAAGGAGGGCGGCGGACACCACUGAGCGCGGCGCAGCGAUGCGGUGGUGGGAAUGGGGGGUUACCAGCGAGCAGCAUCCUUAUACCAGGAGUGGCUGCUUAUCACCUUUCUGCUUGA